UGUUGGGCGUGGUUCGUAGAGGAUUGAACGCAACAUUCUAAUAUAAUAAUUAAAUUUUUACAAAAAAAAUUAACUUGAUUAAAAUACCUCUAGGGGAAUAAUUUUUGUUUCUAGUGAAUCAAAUAGUAUAUUUUCUUGACUUGAAUAGUUUACUGUCGUUCGUGUACUGUUAUUGUUUUUUAGUCUUUUUUUUUUCUACAAUGCUUGUAAAGGUAUUGAGCAGUAGUUACGUGUUACCGGUGUUUGCAAGAUAAGUAAUAAAUCAGAGAUUUAUCAUGGAAUCUUUUUUUUACAAACGAUAAUAAAAAAAUUUUCGAGCGUAUAGUCGCUCUUAACCACCUUAUUCGACUGAUAGAUUCAUGUCUUGACCUUUACCGUUUGGUCUUAUCCUAAGCAUUUGUGUCGGUUGAGACCGGAGGCCCUAGCCUUACACAAUGAAUGAAUUAGAUUCACUGAGGCAAGAGGCUGAAACGCUUAAAAAUGCUAUACGAGAUGCAAGAAAAGCAGCAUGUGACACUAGUUUGGCACAAGCAACCACCAGUAUGGAACCGGUUGGCCGAAUACAAAUGCGAACGAGACGCACACUACGUGGUCAUCUUGCUAAAAUAUACGCCAUGCAUUGGGGUUCAGACUCUAGAAACUUAGUAUCAGCCUCCCAAGAUGGUAAGCUCAUUGUAUGGGACAGUUAUACAACUAACAAAGUCCAUGCAAUACCUUUAAGAUCUAGUUGGGUAAUGACAUGUGCUUAUGCUCCAUCUGGAAGUUUUGUUGCUUGUGGUGGCUUAGACAACAUAUGUUCAAUUUAUAGUUUAAAAACAAGAGAAGGUAAUGUAAGAGUUAGCCGAGAACUGCCAGGGCACACAGGUUACUUAUCAUGUUGUAGAUUCCUCGAUGAUAACCAAAUUGUCACUAGUUCUGGAGAUAUGUCUUGCGCAUUGUGGGACAUUGAAACUGGCCAACAGUGUUCAUCAUUCAUUGGUCAUACUGGGGAUGUUAUGUCACUCUCAAUGUCACCUGAUAUGCGGACAUUUGUAUCAGGAGCUUGUGACGCUUCUGCCAAAUUAUGGGAUGUUCGUGAUGGGACAUGUAAACAAACAUUCCCUGGACAUGAAUCUGAUAUUAAUGCUGUUACAUUUUUCCCAAAUGGUUAUGCAUUUGCUACUGGCUCAGAUGAUGCUACUUGUCGUCUAUUUGACAUAAGAUCAGAUCAGGAACUAGCUAUGUAUUCUCACGAUAACAUAAUAUGUGGUAUAACUUCAGUAUCAUUUUCAAAAUCAGGAAGAUUAUUGUUAGCUGGUUAUGAUGAUUUUAAUUGUAAUGUUUGGGAUUCAAUGAAGGCUGAACGUGCUGGUAUUUUAGCUGGCCAUGAUAACCGUGUUAGCUGCUUAGGUGUUACUGAAGAUGGUAUGGCUGUUGCAACAGGUUCAUGGGAUAGCUUCUUACGUAUUUGGAAUUAAGUUUGAUUUUUAAUGAUGCUAAUACCAGACGAUCUAAACAUUUACAAAAAAAACUUUUUAAAUCAUAACAAAUUGAAAUCUACAGUAAUGUACAGAUCACAGUUCAAAUAUUAUUAUUUCUUAAAGGGGGACCACUCACGCAUUGUAUACUUUUUUGUUUUUAACAAGCUGUCUUUAAAACUAUUUAAUUAAAUAAGAGAAAAUAACACCCAACUUGAAGGUCUUCCGUCUUGUAUUUUAAUUCUUGAACAAAUGUUCAUUAAUUUGUAUAGGUGCUCAAAAAACAACCAUAAUUAAAUUCAAAUUGUGGUAAUUCGAAACAAAUUAAAAUAUAUGAAACCGUAAAUAAAUAAAAAUAAAAAAAGUUUAGGUACAAAUUAAAAAAAACCAUUAAUCAAUAUUUAUUAUUUACUGUUAAAAUAUCAAAACAUAGAAUAAAUUAUUUCAAAAUAAAAAUGGGUAAAAAGUAAAUUAAAUUAUUUAAAUAUAUAAUAAUGUGUUGAGAUGUAUCAAUGUAUAACAAUAUUUAUAAUAAUUAAAUUGAUUUAUUAUUAUAUUAUAUUCGUCUACAUAUUUUUUAAAGUGUUUAAUUAAAAAUAGUAAACUAGAAUACUAUCUUGUAUACAUAUAUUUCCUUGUAAAUAUUUAGUAAAUAAUAAAAUUGUGUAUAUUAUAUUAUUUUAACAUUUAGUUUUUAAUAUGAACAACAAUUAUAAUCUGAACUAUGCGUUUAUUUUUAAUAAUCUGACCGAUUGAGAUUUUUCACGAAUUUCAAAAUUAUACUUGAGUGAUGGAUUUAUACUUUAAUGUGAAAUCUAUAUAAUGUAUGUAUGAUGGAUUUAAUUUAUAUGUUGACAGUAUAGAAAACAUAAUGAAUUCCAAGGUUGUACAUUUAGCACAAUAUUGUAUUAAGUACUUUAUCCUGUUUAAGUAUGUAUAUUAAGUUGGAAAUAUGCCUCUUUAAAGAUAGAAUAUAUAAAAUUAUUAUAACACCACGGACGGCCUUCAUUAGGGUUGUAAUAAUUAAUUAAAACAUAAAUUUAAAUUUAACUCUCAUCUUUUUUCUGUUAAUUAUUACUAUAUAUAAAUUAUUUUAUUUUUAUUUUAAAGUGCACAUACUGUAUAACCUUUUUUCUAUUUUAUGAAAACAUUUU